AUGGCGAUCGUGCCCCGCAAGCCCGAGGCCCUCGCGCCACUUGUCCUGAGUCCGCGCAGCUCGUCGCCGUCGCUCGUGAUCCCGUCGUGCCCGCGCCCGCCCAUGACACCGACCUUUACGUACCCGGAGCUCUCGCCCCUCAGCCCGCGCCUCGGUGUCGACGACCGCGCCGUUGGCGCCGACGCCGUCCACGCCAAGCUCGAGCGGCUACGCUACACCCACGUACGCAUGGUGCGAUUGGCGCAAUGGCUGAGUCGAUAUGGGACGUAG